CCCAAGGGCACUGGGGAGUAAGGAGGCUUUGAAGCAGGGGAGGGACAGAGUCAGGUUGGGCUUUACUGAGAGUCCCUUGGCUGCUGCACGGCAGGUGGACCUUGAGCUUUCUGCCUGAGAGCCCAGAGGAAGCCGGGGUAGGGAAUCCUGGCAGGUGGGUAGAGCAGGGCAGGGUGUGGGGAAGGGAGGAGGGAGCUCGUGGAAAGAACAAUCAGGAGACUGAGCGAAGGGCCGUGGAGCUGAUAGGCUGGAUUUGAGGGAGACAUUCAGGGCCAGGCCCAGGGCUCUGGCUUAAAGAGGGGACCGUGGGUCCAACUAUGAGAUGGGGAUCUGGGAGGAGAUGCAGUUUGGGGGAGAUACUGAGGCCGGUGUGUGUGGGACCCAGUGGGUGUUAGGGUCCUAGGGGACGUCCAAGGAGAGGUGUCCCGGACAUUGUGGAGCCCCAGGUGUGGGGCAAAGAAGAGAGGCUGGGGCUGAGACAGAGGAAACCGCCCGUGGGCCUGGGUGAAAAGCAUGGAAAGACAGCCAAGGGCAGGGAUCAUAAAGGGCCCGCCAUCCCAAACAAGAAGGCGGUAACAUUAGGGAGCAGUCAGUAGCUCUGGGGUGGCCAUUGCUGUCUUUUCUACCGGGUCACCUCAGGGCCGCAGGGGCAGCUCUCAGGGGAGGGAGGCUACUGCGCAAGCGCACAGGUGGCCAGAGACAGCUGGUGCGCACGAGCCGAGGAUUCCCGCUCACAUCGCCAGAACUAGUGCACGGGGUCACGUGGCAGCCACGUGGGGAUCACUGUCGGAGCCCAACGAGGUCUAGUCCUUCACUUCCUCAAGCCCUCAUGAGACCCGCUAGCUGAUCCCUGGCCAGGAGCUGAGUCCAGAGCCCACAAAUGCCCUCACUGCGUUCUCGCUUCCCCGUGGAGCUGGGCUCCGGGAUCCAGGAGGCCAGGUGGGCCGUCUGCAUCGCCUGGCUGUGGCCAGGGGCCCAGGCUGGGGCCUCACCCGGCUCCUGCGGAGAGGUAGAUGGUGAGAACUCUGCUGGGCAGACGGUGCUCUUCCUCGCGGCGCUGCUGGGCCACAGCUCUGCCGUGCAGCUCCUGCUGGCCUUUGGUGCCAGCCCCAACCACCGCUGCCUGGACGGCAGCACACCUGUGCAUGCGGGCGCCUUCUCGGGCUGCAGCCUGUUGAUGCUGCACGUGCUGCAGGCGGGGGGUGACCUGCGUCUGCAUGACCAGCAGGGUCGCAUCCCUCGGGAGUGGGCAGAGCAAGGCGGUGCCAAGCAGAGCUGGGAGGUGAGCCGUGGCCGGGGUGGGGUGAGGGCGUCAGGGCGGGCGGCCCACCCUGCCUCACCCCACGUGCCACCCCCUGUCCGGGUGCUGGAGCCGUUACAGAUCUGCUGUGCCCACACGUCAGCACUGGUGCAUGGCAGUGAGUUGGCACGCACUGCACCCCUGGGCCAGUUGCAGGCCAGCUCUGGACAGAGCCUGUGUGGUGGUCUGCGGCUGACGCACACUGACAGGGCACGGAGGCCGGAGCAGAUCAGAACCCCCCAGAUCCCAGCCUUUGGGUUCGGCCAGCCUCCCCUGGAGGGGCCACCCCGUGACCGUGACCGUGACCGUGCGGCAGCUGAAGGCACCUGGAGCCCAGCCUGACGUGCUGAUGCCUGACCUUCAGCACUGCAGGUACGUCACCCCAGCCUUGCCCCCAGGCCAGCCCAGUCCUGCAGAGCAGUCUCCUGCCUGCCCUCCCGACUCAAGUGUUUCGGAAACAGAAGCCCAGGGAGUGUGGCGGUGGCCGCGGUUACAGUCUUCACCUCUGGGCCAGCGCUUGGCAUGAAGCCUUCUUACUGGAGUGACCCCUCCCCAUGGGUACGUGGGUACCCAGUUCUGCGCACUGUCUUGUAGGCCUCUGAGAGGAGGCGGGUGUGGGGGGUGGUACCACGGACAGGGUGCUGGUUCUACCACUGCCAGGCUGUGUGACCCGGGGUCUCGGUUUCCCCUCCGUCUGGUGGCUGAGGCAGAUCGUCAGCCCCUGGUGCGUGGUGAUCUGUGCCUGAGACCAGCCCCCUGCCCCGUGUGGGUUGGGGCCUCCUCACGAGUGGCCUGCUCUCCGCCUGCCCCGCGCCCUGCACCAACCCAGCCUGUUGCUGCUGAUGGCACUGAGCCGCUUGGCCGACCCGUCGGGGCUCUCUCUGCCUUCUCUUCGAACCCGUGUGGCUGGGACCGAGAGAGGGGGGCCCGGCCACCUGCCGCUGCAGGCGCUGGAGGCCCUGCUGUUCCUGCAGGCCCGCUGGCGUGCUCCUGGCGGCCUCAGCUCCCAUGCUGUGCAGCUGAUGCGGCCAGGCCUGGCCAAAGUGGGCAGCCUGGAGCACGGGCGCCCACUGUACCAACUCUGGCUGCGGCCCGGGUGAGCGCCUGCCUCACUUGCCUGCCCCUGUGUCCCUGUCUGGCGGCCACUGGCUCACCAGGUUCCUCGGCCUCCACAGGCCACAGCAGGGCUACCCGUGGGGAGGCCCAGGCCCAGGGCUGCCCCCACCUCCCGAACUGUACCCGUGGUUGCCACUUGAGCUCAUCUGCGGUAACAUGCUUGCCGCCACCUCAGACCUCUACAGCUUCUGCAUCCUGGCCCAGGAGGUCUUCACUGAUCAGCGAGUGACCCCGCUCCCUGCCCCAGUGAGGCCCCCCACCGGUUUGGGUCCCCCAGUUAUGCUUCCACACAGGAGAGCUUCCCUGGGCUGGAAGAGAAGGGCCUGAGGUGAAGGCUGAACUGGAGGCCAGUGAGAGCCCAGCCCUGGACCCCCUGGUGCCAGCCCCCUACCAGGCCCUGGUUCAGGCUGGGCUAGGUCUAGGGCCUGCUGACUGCUGGGGCAGCCUGCAGAGUACACGAUACCUGCUGCGGAAGGCCAUGGCUCAGGACUCAGCCUCUGAGGUGAGCUCCCCAAUGGAUUGGACCACUCUGUGCCCUUCACCCCAGGGUUCUCCACCAG